AUGCGCGAUAGAAUGCUAGACCUCCAGCCGGAAGGCGAGCCAGAAAAAUGUGCUCUGGAAAAAAAGGAAAAGCCGCCCAAGAAAUCCAAAAAACAAACUGAGCCCGAACAAGACACAACAGCCAUAAUGCAAUCUUUUUUUGAAGAGCUAGCUCAUGUCAAGGACAAAAUUGCCAUUGUCCGAACAAGUAUCGAAGAAAUUAAAAGUAUCCACGAUAAGGCUUUAAACAAUGUUAUUAGCGAGCAGCAAAGCACACAAAUUGCAAAGGAAUUGGAUGCUACGAUGGAUAAAACCAAUCGAGCUUCUGGGGAAAUUCGAAACAAAUUGAAAGCCAUUGAUGCCGAAAAUAAAACCCUGCAAAAAAAGGAUCCAGAUAGCAACGAUGUCAAGAUCAGAAUAUCUCAGCAUGGGGUGUUGACUAGAAAUUUUUUGGACGUUAUGAUGGAUUACAAAAAGAUCCAAGAGACAUAUCAAGAUAAAUACAAGGAUCGUAUGCAUAGACAGUGUCUUGUUGUCAAGCCCAAUGCGACUAAUCAAGAAAUCGAGCAAAUGAUGGAUGGUGACAAAAGCCAAAUGUUUGCCAAACAGAUUGUAAAUACCGGACAACGACAAGAAGCACGUAAAGCGUUGGAGGAUAUUCAAAGCAAGCACAAGGAUGUGGUCAAGAUUGAAAAGAGUAUUUUGGAACUCCAACAAUUGUUUAUGGAUAUGGCUGUUCUGGUUGCCGCACAAGGUGAGGUCAUUGAUCAAAUUGCUGUACAUAUCGACAACGCUGCAAAUGAUACCGAAGCAGGAGCACAAAGUUUGGCUCAAGCCACCAAACUUCAAAAGAAAUCCAGAAAGGUAGUUUAA